AUGCAAUGUUCAAGGGAAUCAGUUCUUCAAAUCACUGCAGUUUCAUCUCCUCUGUUUAGAGGAGAUCAAGCUGGCCAAUUAGUUACACUUCCUUCAAUAUCUCGAAGCCGCAAAUCUAUGACCUGCAGUCAAGCUUACAUAUAUCACUCUUCUGGCUUCCGAAUCCCUUCAACAGCUGAAAAGCCAGAAUGGUGGUGGAGGACAUUGUCCUGCAUUCCCUAUCUAAUAUCGUUGAAGAUGUCUGAUACUGGAUUUUACAUUCAGCCUUUCAUUGAAAACUUUAAAUGCUUUCAAGAUUUGGUUUAUUACAUCCCGGGAGCUGUCAAUCGAUUGCCAAGCUGGUUUCCAAUGAUAUACUGCUAUUUGGCAGUUGUAGUUGUCGUAAAAAAUAAGGACUUGCCUCUUCUCUUCAGAUUUCACGUAAUGAUGGGAAUCUUGUUGGAAAUUGCUCUGCAAGUGCUGUGGUAUUCAAGCAAUUUCAUGCCGCUAGUACACUUCAAUGGAACAUUUGGGAUGUACUACUGGGCCGGUGUGGCAUUGGCUUAUGUUCUAACAAUGAUGGCGUGCAUAAGGUGCGCCCUUCUAGGCACGUUUGUUAAUAUCCCACUUGUUAGUGAGUCAGCUUUUCUUCAUUCUCUGUUUCAUUUAGGAGGAUUCGGGAGGCCUUUCUAGGAAGCCUAGGACAUCUUGUACCAGAGGUUUGGCAGCCGAAGGAAGGAUUGUUUCCAUCUUAUAUUGUUUCCAUAUAAAAAUAUUAGGAAAAAGGAGAAAGUUGAGUUCCUGAUCCAGAGGACUGUGAACUUGAAUCGAAAGUAAAAUUUUGUACUUGCGUUGUUU